GCCGAGUUCGACAAAACUCACAGAUAAAUAAACCGUAGCCUGUUGUAGCCUCUCUCGCGCACUCCCACCACUUUCAUAGCAUCUCUUUAAUUGUCACGAAUACGGGCAGCCCACAGCUCUUUAUCCCUAUAGUAAAUUAAUGCCCGCGCAUUUUACACGGUUUGCUUUUUACGUGUUUACACUGCGCUCACUGCACUGCGCUCACUGCACUUACGGCCAGAGUUUGUUUGCGUCUGUGCACCAUGACAACAGAACAGGCGCGCAGGCAGCCCGUUUUUUCCCACCCGAUUUCUGACGAACCCUACUUUUGACUAGACCAUGUCAGUAUAUAUUAAUCCCCCGUGGUUAUGAACUAUGCCGUGAGUUUUAAGUAAUAGCCCAUCAUGACGCUAGAAAUUCCUCCAGUCGAAUACCAGUAGGCUACGUUUGCCGGAAUACGCGUGGGGGAAAACUAAUCCCCUGUAGCGGCGGAGUAUCAGGACUGAUCUCGAGUUUGGCCUACAAGCAGUAGCAGGAAUGGCGUGGACAGAGCCGACCCAGCCACAGUUUCAGUCGGACGACUGGUCAAACAUCAACAUCGUUCAACAACCACCUCCUCAGCCUGUGACACUUUUCCAGCAGCUCCCUGCAGCAGUGGCUUCACCAGUGCCCUCUGUACGCCCAGGACACAUCAGAGAGGACCUGGUGGAGCUGAUGAUGAUGCAGAAUGCGCAAAUGCACCAGGUCUUCAUGAACAACAUGACCAUGUCUGCUCUCAGCAUGUUCGGCUACACGCAAACGCCUGAGCAUACAGGUCCAGCUGCACCAGCUGAAAAUGAUCCAGAGGUGUAUCAUCACUACUACCCUUAUUCCCCUGGCUUAUCUCACCCUGUGUGGAUGCCUUCUCUGGGCGAGCCUCAGAUGUCUCAGCUCCAGAAUAUUUCGAGCUUUCAAGACCUCCCUCACCCUCCACACACCAUCCAUACUCAACACAGAGACAGAAGAGUUGUGCCGCCACCGCCACCUCCCAGUGCAACUGGAACUGUUGGCACUGAUGUGCCUCCUGCUACAGAGUAUUAUGAAGCAGAAAGGAGGCAACAUGGAACAGAAGAGACAUAGAACUGAUACAAACCAAGUCAGAUUAACCAGGAUCUAAACAAUUACACAGUGCAAAAUAAUGCACUAAAUUUAGUAAUGCAUUCAAUUUAUGUGAUUUGUACAUGGAUGGAAUACAGUAUAUAACACAGUUCUGUCAUUCAGUUUAAUUACAUCUUGCACUAAUUGUAUAUAUAGUGUACUUCUUUCAUGUGGAAAGGAGAAUCAAGUCAGUUUAAUGGAUUGUUUUUAACGCUACAGUUAAUCAGCUCUCAGUGUCAGCAGUACAAACUACUGCUAAAACCUCACACAGAGUCAGUACAACAGCAGGCUAGUUUGAAAGACCAUGCCCACGAAAACAUGCCUCUUUGUCAUUCUGGUGUUUGGGAAAUAUAGAUACUUUUUGGACAGGCGCCUCUUAGUCUACACAUAUUAAUCGCAUUAGCCACAGUAUAUUAUUACAGUGAUAGUUAUAUAUUAAAUAUAUAGAUAUAUUUAAACAAACUUGUUAUUUAAUGUGAGUUUACUGAGUAAUAAAGUCUCAUGGCUCUGUUGUACACUGUCUUCAUUCCUCCCACACAUACUCAGAUUUAAGCAGAAUAUAACAUCAAUUCACCAGCAGGUGGAGGUGUUUACAUUCAGAACUAGUAAGUGUUGUAAGCAGUGAUCUUCACUAGUCUAACACACACCAAGCCAACUAGCCUAAACAAACAGAUAUAGUGUGAAGUUUAAAAAGGCAUUCUUCUCACAACAGUGACUCAGAUACACCACUGGCAUUUCUAAUACAAAGACACUGUGUAACUGACACAUAGCAGUGCUGUUCAAAAGCACUGGAAACUGUUUGAUUGCUAAUAAGCCCCCUUAUGGAGAAUUUUACACCUGCAAAAUGUGAAUGAUUGAGUUAGUUAGGUGACACUUUAUUUUGAGUCACCCUUUUGAAUGAAACAAACACUCAGUGGACUCUCAGGAGCAUGUCAAAAUCAUAUAAGGGUUAGGAUUAAGGUCAGGAUUAUGAUUCGGCUUUGGGUUGAGGUUAAGGUUAGGCUUGAGAUUAGGGCCAGGGUUAGGGUAAGUACUGGGUGAGGUUGGGUAAGGUUA